CCCACCCUCCCUCCCUCCAGACUGCAGGAGGAGAUCCACCAGAGGGAAGAGGCAGAGAACAACCUGUCUGCCUUCAGAGCUGACGUGGACUCUGCCACGCUGGCCAGGCUGGACCUGGAGAGACGCAUUGAAAGCCUGCAGGAGGAGAUCACCUUCCUCAAGAAGAUCCACGAGGAGGAGAUCCAUGAGCUGACGAGCCAGAUGCAGGAGACCUCGGUGCAGGUCCAGAUGGACAUGUCCAAACCAGACCUGACCGUUGCCCUCAGGGACAUCCGUGUGCAGUACGAGGGUAUCGCAGCCAAGAACAUCUCCGAGGCAGAGGACUGGUACAAGUCCAAGGUGUCAGACCUGAACCAGGCUGUGAACAAGAACAACGAUGCUCUGAGACAGGCCAAACAGGAGAGCAUGGAGUUCAGGCAUCAGAUCCAGUCCUACACCUGUGAGAUCGACUCUCUCAAGGGAACAAACGAGUCUCUGCUGAGGCAGAUGAGGGAGAUGGAGGAUCGUCUGGGAAACGAGGCUGGAGGUUACCAGGACUCCGUCACCCGUCUGGAGGCUGAGAUCGCCAAGAUGAAGGAUGAGAUGGCUCGUCACCUCAGAGAGUACCAGGACCUCCUCAACGUCAAGAUGGCCCUGGAUAUAGAGAUCGCUACCUACAGGAAGCUACUGGAGGGAGAGGAGAGCCGAAUCACUGUAUCUGGCUCCCAGUCUUCUCACUCUGGCUCCCACUCUGCUGCCUCAUUAUAUUCCACUGUUGGAUUCAGAGAGACCAGCCCAGAUGUCGGACGAUCAGCAGAGGUCCACUCCAAGAAGACUGUCCUGAUCAAGACCAUCGAGACCCGCGAUGGAGAGAUUACAUAUUCUAUGAGCGAUGGAGCUAGUGCUCUGUGUGUGGUCAGUGAAUCUACACAGCACCAGCAGGACAUCAUGUAAACAACAACAACAGCAACAACAGGCUUAAAUUAGGGAGAAAAAAAUGGAUGUUUACAUACAAAGAUACGAGGGGUUCUCUAGCUGCCGUUUCUAAGGCAAAGCCUCGUUUUAAAAAAAAGGUCUAUUUUUUGAGAGGGAGUGAGUUAUGAACACCUUACGAAGUGUUAUAACCACCUUAUGAAGGGUUAUAUCCUUCAUAGGAAUGUUUAUAACUCGUGAACUCCAACUAAUCAGAUGUUAUAUGACCCAUCUCUGAAGCAGAAGAACAUAAGAAGAAAGACAAUGUUAAGUUACAGUAAUCAGAAGGUGGGAACAAGGUGGAGUGAAAGUCAAGUCAGGCCCUGGCCAGAACAGAACAUGCAUGGCUAGAAUGGAUCUCCAGAAGGUCAAGAGAUGGAUCUCUGUAGUGCACGUCUGUGUGUGAGUGGGUCUCUUUGCUUCACAAUAGUUUCACAGUGGCAAAUGAUUUGAAAUAAAGAUAUACUGUAUCUUCAAAAGAGAA